AUGAACCGCUUAAGCAUAGCUACCAGACUAGCACCAUCAGCUCAUCGUCUACGAGUAUUAUCAUUAGCUCAGCGCACUCGAUUCGCACUCCCAACAACCAUCAUCCGCUCCUACUCUGCUGAGCUCGCUCCCGAAACAGACUACAACGGAUAUGUCACUAAAUGGCGAACUCACUUCUCAUCCGCAGACUUGGACGACUUUGAACUAGAAAGAGGUCUCAAUCUCAUCUUUGCCGCUGACUGGGUCCCUUCAUUGGAAGUCAUCCAGGAUGCUCUCACGGCCUGUCGUCGACUUAACACAUUCCCAACUGCAGUCCGUAUCCUCGAAGCCUUGGAAAACAAGGUCGAAAAGAAGGAACAAUAUCAACAAUACCUUAAAGCUCUCAAGCCAAUGAUUGAUGACUUGGGUAUUGUAGAACGAAAGGAGUUGGGAACCUAUAAUGUAGUCCGUGAUUCGAAAUGGUGUGGUCAGCAACAACAAGAAGAUGACGAUGAAAAUAUGGAGCUUGAUAAUGGGUCGCAACAAGUAGGAGCUGAAGAUUCUGGUAAAGAUGAUGAAGGAGAUCAAGCACCUGAAGCUGCUGUUGAUGUACAUGUCAAAGGCGAAGGAAGAGCCUGCCUUCCCUGA